AAAAAAAAAUAGGGGGUUGGCCGGGGAGUGAGAUUGAUUCUCCCAAUCCGUAUUGAUCGUCCUGCGCCAUCCCCUAGACCUCGAAAUCUCUCUCCCUCUUCUCUGGGCAAACAAGACGGAAUUUGUCUGCGGGAAUCAGAGGACACAAAUAUCAAACUUGAUUAUUGAGAGAUGGAGAAUCAGGGCACAUGGUGCUGGUCCUCGGAGUCCUUGAACGGCAUGGCUAGCUGGUUCGGCGCAAGUGUCGCCUCUGCCUUCUUCGCCUCCCUUGAUCGCUGGUCUUGCGUUAACGUCUCCACCUCUGACGAUCUGGACGACGAUAACGACGACGACGCCUCCAUGUUCUCCAAUACCGCCUCCGUCAAUCUCAGCAACCGCAUCCCCGUCGCCUCGCCCUCUCCUGCUGAAAAAAACGACGUCGCCAACCUCCCCGUUUGAACUUGCUAUACCCUUAAACUUUGGUAACCCCAUCAUACAUAUUCUUGUAUUUCCCAUGUCUCUGAGAUGGCUUUUCUUGCUAUUGUAUUUCGGUGACAAGAUUAGGUAGAUCUGUUGAUAUCUCCGUUACGUAUGAUUACCCUGUAAUUGAUGCUGUGACGGAUUUGACUUUUUGAAUUUUAUACCCCCUUCUUGGUGACUUUCUUGAUUAUUGUUGUAACAAAUUUGUUUAACGAUGUGUAAUUAUGACCAGGUGUUUUAUUUUAUCUGUUAAUUGUUUUAUUCUGUGAA